CCGCACUGCUUGCUAAGGACAUGCUCUGGCACAGCUGUCCGCCUCCUUUGCCGCAGGUUCGGACUGCUGCGAAUGCUACUGAUGUUGAGCUCCUGUCGUGACCCAGCACCCCAUAGGAGGAGCAAAUGAGCUGAGACGUCAACGCAAAAAAUUAUAGCCAUGCAAGCUAUCCCUGCACUCAGCUGCUGGGAGAGUGCAUACAUGGCUUGUGUGACAGCACUAGCACACAGAAGCGGCAAUGAAAUGCAGUCAGCAAUACAGCUGGGAGACAGGCAGCUAGGCAGGCACUGUUCCAGUGACUAAAAUGAUCGCACCGUGAGCCAGCCUGCAGUGCCUCCAAAAGUGGCUGAUUACUACUACAGGAGCUCGGCUUUCUUUGCAGUUACUCCAGUUCCCCCCGGGUGACUGCACUGUGUGCUCUGUUUUGGUUUUGUUUGCCGUUCUUUUUCUCACCCGCACAUCCCACCACCAUCCGUCUCCCUCUCUCUCCUCCCGUGUCCUUCUCUCCAGGAUGGCGGAAGCAGAGUUGCACAAGGAAAGGCUCCAAGCCAUAGCAGAGAAAAGGAAAAGACAGACAGAAAUAGAAGGCAAGAGACAACAGCUUGAGGACCAGAUACUUCAGCUGCAGCAUUUCAAGUCAAAAGCUCUUCGGGAAAAAUGGCUGCUACAGGGAAUUCCUGCUGGCUCUGCAGAAGAGGAAGAAGCCAGAAGGAGGCAGUCAGAAGAGGAUGAGCUGAAGGUGAAAAAGCUGGAAGAAAACAUAUACAGGCUGGAACAAGAAAUACAGAAAUUAGAAAGUGAGGAAUCCCAAAUAUCUGCCAAAGAACGAAUCAUUUUGGAGAAACUGAAGGAGACUGAGAAAUCCUUCGACAACUUGCAAAAGAGUUUCUCACACCAGGAUGGUGAUGCAGUAAAUUACAUUUACUCCCAGAUCCCUGAACUCCCAACCCUCUAUUCACGAACAGCAGAGCCAGUUCCUGGGUGGGACGCAGCAAGCAGAGUAGCUGCUUUGUGCACCAUGGAAAUUAAUGUGGAGAAAGACAAACAGACAGGAGAGACCAAGAUUGUCUCUGCUUCACCUAUUGGCCCAGAUGAGGCCCAUCAAAGAGGAUUCAAAGUCUAUGAUGAUGGUACCAAGGUAGUCUAUGAGGUUCACUCUGGUGGCACAGUGGUAGAAAAUGGAGUACAUAAAUUAAGCUCAAAGGACGUAGAUGAACUUAUGCAAAAAGCUGGACAAUCAAGUGUAAAAGGAGGGUAUGAAACAAUGACUGUAUCAGACAGAAAUGCGGUAGCCGAUGGAAACCUUAGCCAUAUGAAGGAGCAAAUGCUCUUCAAGGAGGCAAAGCUGGAAAUGAUACACAAACCCAGCAAAGGGCACUCUGUGAACCCUCAGACCCAAGAGAAACCCUGUGGUGGUGAAGCCCCAGAGGCCAGCACAGACCAGCCAGUGACAAUGAUAUUUAUGGGCUACCAGAACAUUGAUGAUGAAGAGGAGACAAAGAAAGUGUUGGGCUAUGAUGAGACCAUCAAGGCAGAGCUGGUCUUGAUUGAUGAAGAUGAUGAGAAGUCAUUGCGGGAGAAGACAGUGACAGACAUCUCCACCAUGGAUGGGAACGCUGCUGAGCUGGUCUCUGGCAGGCCCCUGUCAGACACGACAGAGCCCUCCUCUCCUGAGGGUAAGGAAGAGAGCCUGCCUUUGGAAGCUGCCCCAGGUACACAAAAGAAAAAGCGCUGUCAAUGCUGUAUUAUCAUGUGAACUCCUUCCCCGCUCCGGGGAGUUCCUGCUCCGUCACUUACCUAGACCUCACUGUACUUCUAACUGCAAUACUGUGAACUGGAAGUGAAUGCCUCCAUUGCCUUGCAGUUGGGUUGCUUUGCUUUCUAGUUCUUCAGGAAGAGGAGCACACGGUUAUUUUUCCACCAGACUUACUGUUUGGGGUUUGGGAGGGUUGGGAAAAGUUGCUUCUUUUUUUGUUGGGUUUUUUUUUCCCCCCCUUAAUAUUGCAGAGUGAGAGAUUAAUGGGAAAUGGAGCAAAUGUUUUCAUAUUUAUUUGAUUUUUAUACAUAUAUAUUAUAUAUAUAAUGGAAACACUUUUUACAUUUUUGUUGGAUAUCUGGCAUGCUUGAUCAGAUUCCUAGGAUUCUGUGGGACUCUGAGCUUCACAGCAGCCAGAUAUAGGAGCCUUAAAAAAAUAUUGCUUCUCUUUUUUAAGAAAAAUCACAUUUAAACUUUAUUUUAUAGAUCCUAUUUUUUAUUUCUUGGGGAAAGGCUUAGAUCAUUUUCCUGUUUUACUUUGCUAAAACUCAGACCGGUCUUUCCCAAAAGGUUUGCAUAGGGUUUUUUUAUAGUAACUUUCCAAUUUAUUUUGCCAUAUCAGAAAAACCCAUCAGCCAUUUCUGCUUAUUGGUGAUACCAAAAGUGGACCUUAAUUAUUCUUUCAAGAAAACAUAUGAAUGAUGAUUUUGCCUUACAUAGAUCUUCCAGAUUACAGUAUUGUAUGUGUACUUUAUCUCCCCAAAUUACAGUUGGAAUUAACUUGACAUGGAAAAAAUGCAGCUGUCACACUAACUGAAAUGGAGUCACUGAUCUAAUUACUUGCCUUUCAGUAACUCUGCCAAUGUUUAUACAUGGAGUUUUCCUGCUGAACUCCAGUAGAUGAGAGAUACUGCUUUCUAUUUCCUUAGAAUAUAAAUGAACCUCUCUCACAGUCUGACCCUGUUCCCACUAGAUUCAGUUCUGAAAUUCUCAGCACUGGAAUGGGGGCAGGGCCAAAGUUUUAUUUUAUCAUUCUUAGGCAAGUGUAACUUCUCAUAGAGCAUCCCCCCAGUGCAUCUACACAAUGAAAGGUGAUGGGUGUGAUCCUACCCUGCUUUCCCAGGUAAAACUCCUGUGGAGGCGCACUGGAGUUUUGUUGGAACAGCUGUUUCUGGAGAUCCUACAGCUGCAAGGCUAACAGUUUCAAACACCACUGGUGCUUUUGGAUGCUUCAUUUUCCUGUGUGUGACGCUUCAAAGAGGCCUGAUUUCCAAAAAAUCUUUCUUUACCUGUCCUCUGAAAAUAAGGCCUGUUAAAAAACAGCUCAAAAUGUAAAAAGGCAAAGGCAUCCGAAAUCAGUAGAUGUUUCUUUGUUUCUCAGUCCUUUGAUUCUUCUAAAUACAGUGAAAAAGCAGACAGCUUUUUAACACAGAUAUUAUGAUCCUGAUUCUUGUCUCACACUGGUUUUGCUUAAGUUCGGCCUCAUUCACUGUGGUGGAGUUAGUCUGGAUUUAUAACUACAGAAGUGAGAUUAAAAAUCAGGAUUUGUGUUCUCUGAUAGUGUUAAGAAGUACCAAAUAUCAUUUUGAAGUGUCUUCAAAACUAUCAGACUUCAAAAAUCAAUAACAGCAACUGAAACAGAAAACAAAAAAGUAUAAAAAAAAGAAAAAAGGAAAAUGACAAAAAAACCUCUUUUCAGUCUGAGGUGGUUUCCUAUGAUAUCUCUGUUCAUUCUUGGAUGGUGCUUUUACUGCAUUAAUUGUUAGUUCAGAGCAUCUGAUUAAAUCAAGUUCUUGCUCUGUACUCUUUUCUUUCUGUGCCAGGAAAAAAGACACUUGUUUAUGGCGGUGGUAACAUGAGGCACACUAAAAACAUACACACAAAAUCAUGCGAAGGCAGUUCCUGCGUUAGAUUACUCAGCUGUCAGUGUGGAGCUGGUCAGUGUAACUUCUUACCACUGCCCAGGUGACAGUCAUGAAAAAGAAAAGCAAGCAGAUAGUAGGAAAAGACAACCACAUCUAUAUGACACCUGCAGAAAUUUUGCUGGCCUCCAUAUCGCUGCAGUGGCUAGAUUUAACAGACUUCUGCACACUCCCCCCACCUCCUCCAGGGGCUUUGGGAUGGGAGAAGGACCAAAUUCACCCAAAGAAGCUCUGCAUAUCAUCCCUUGACUCAGGCUUAGAUGAUUCGGUUUUAGCAAAGAGGGGAGCGGCCACAGGGCCCCUCAUUGUGACAAUAGGUCUGGUGGCUGUUUGUUGGAAACUAGCAACCUGUGUUUUGGGUUUAUUCAGUUGGAUUAUGUGGGGUUUUUUUUUAAUUUUUUCCCCAGGAAUCUUGGCAUUUCUUAAAACGAGACCCUAAAUUUUCAACAGGACUGGCAAGGCUGUCCCCAGGCACAUUAAGGGCCUUAAAGCACUGCAACAUAAAUAGUGAAGUUCUUUCCAUCUUGCCCCAACCCCAUGAGUGCUGUAGGAGCCAGGCAUGCUCUGCAAUAGUUCUCUCACUCUGGGACCUGUUCAUCUCAUCAGUAAUGCUCAAAAACAAAUACUUCAGCCAUCUCCUCCUGGCCUGGCUGGUCAUCUCAUUGAUUACCACAAUUAUCACCCUUUCCUCUCCAGGUGUGAUGCCACCCUGGCCUCCCAGUGUCUACCCAGCCCAAUACUUUUUGCCCUGCUGCUUCUUUCCCAUAUGCGUAUUUUUUCCCCAAAGCCUUCUGCUUGGAAAAUUCGGGGUGUCAUCUCUACCCUAACCCUCUCUGUCCAUGCAUUUCUUCAGCCAUGUGCUCCCUUGUCAGAUGACUUUCUGGUGCAGCACUGACUCAGCAUUUUGGGGAUGACUCCCUCAGUGGCCAGCUUUGGGAGAUGCUUGCUGAGGCUGGGACCAGAAUCUCUCUGAGACCACUGCACCAUCUGAGACAGUGUGGCAGGGAGAUGGUGGCAUGCAAGAGUCCAGAAGUGGCCCUUUAGUGGUUAGAAGUAGAGCACAAGCCUUAAACCUUAAUACUGUCAAAUACCUACUUCUCAGUACUUGUAGCUAACUUUGAGUGCCUAGGAAGGCCAGGGUUUUUUUUUUGUAUAUUCAUAUGAACUCCAUGGUUAAUGGGCCCGAUAGAUCCAGAAAAGCUAAUGGUUUGUCUCCACAGAGUUUGUCUGUACAGUCAAAGGCAGUUCCAUGUCUGAGGUCAGAAAAAAACACAAACCAGAAACAAAUCAGUCUGAACUUUGAGGGCUUUAGCUACACCAGCUGAAACAUGUUUACUUCAAUCAUCCUCCUCCACAAGAACAGCAGCCGUGAUUUGACAUUGGUUUGUCCCUUCUAGCCAUUAGCCUGCAGCCAAAUUAUGGGGAAUUCAGAUGUGUUAGCCUAGGCUGAUGAAUGUAAACUGGUUUUCCAGGGCUGCUUUGGGCUUCAAAGGGAUUGGUUUUCCCUUUGCCCUCAGAUAGGAAGCUGCCGGUGGAAAUUCAUGCACAAUCAGGCACAAAGGAAGAGGUCUGCUCUACGGUCAAGCAGAGAGAGAUUUUUGAAAGGAACAUUAAGGGAGGAUUUUUUUGUAUCAUUUUAGGCAAAUCCCCUGUCUGCUUUACUUACACCAUCACAUGUACAUUCUCAAUUUCAUCAUUAGGGAAUACAAAAAAAAAGUAGAGUCAGAAACUGGUUCAGUGAUAGCAUUUUGCCACAAAAAAACUGCUCGCCUUAACUUUUUUAAGAAAAAGAAAAAAACCCUCUUUUCACUGUAUCUUUUCCUAGACUGCGAAAAAGUAAUCUAUGAAACUUUUUUAUAUCUAAUAUUUUCUAAGUUUCUAUGAGCCCACUUUCCAUGUUGUCCUUCAUUUGCAUUCAGGAACUAUUUCUUUUGCAAACCACUGCAGUUUACAUCCAUUCCUUCGUUUUGUUUUUUUUUUCCUAACAGAAGAAAAAUACAAAUCAAAAACCACAGCAUUAUGAUUAGUGGCUAGGCAAUCUCUUUCAAUUACAAGAAUAUCAAUACAGAAAGAAAAGAAUUACAGGGUUGUUUUCUUAUUUUAAUUUCCUGUGGCUGAUGUACUGUAUGGUAUGUGUUUACAGAACUCCUCUGUUCUGCCUUUGUGAUGUUAUCUAAAUGAAUGACAAAGUAGGUAUAAUGUGCCAUUUAACAGUUUGCCUUAGCACUCUUCAGUUUCCUUCUUCUUUUUCUAUCUUUCCUAAUUUUUUUUUUCCAAAAAGUGCAGGCUGUAUUCCAAAGCUGUAUAAACACAACAUUAUCUUACAAUCCCCAGCAAAAGGAGUGUGUGCAAGCCCUUCUCCAUGAAGCAUACCUUUACCGGUGCAAUAGAAGACUUCAGCAAACAAAAACACAUACACCCAAUUCUGCUGUGUGUAGACCUAUUUCAGUCAACAGGACUACCCACAGUAAGAAUGUGUGUAGAUGUCUGCAAGAUCAGGGCAUGAAUGAUUAACACAAUGUGUACUUUGGCUGUUAUUUGUGUAUCUGUACCUAUUUUAUGCACUGCUGAGUUUGCCCAGAGUGGUGUAAUCCUAGAGGUUAACUCUUGAGUAUUGUUCCUUCUGCUGAAACAAAACAAAAUGGUGUUUAGCACCUGGUAGAAUCAGGCCCCGAGUCAGCAUUGCUGCCACAGCAUGAGCAAACAUUAAGUGGGACUUCCCAAACAGUUAGUAUAUUAGUGCCCUGCCACUGAACCUAAAUUCACUACUGAUUCUUCAUGCUUAAAAUUAUAGAAGUAUAACAAAUUAGUCAGAGCAGAAAGAUAGCAUACAGAGUUGCUAGAGAAAUAAAAAGUGUUAUAUCCUUUGAUGUAGCUCAACAUCCAAAUUACAUACUUGGAAAGUAUGUGGGGAUAUAAUAGAAAAUGUAGUAUUUUACAUUUGUGUAUUUUUUUAAGGAAUAAAUAUUUUUGUAAUGAGAUAUAAACCCUAAACAGGGAUUGAGUUUCUGAAUAUCAUCCUUGCCAUGACAUUGAACCUUUGAACUUUUUCAUACAUUUAUGACAAUGCCCAGCUUCUUGGGAUCUUUUGUAGACCUAACCACAAUUUUCUUCAGGAAGCAGGAUCACAACACUUUUUAAAGAGUAAAGUUAGAAAACUAGAAUCCAAUAUACCUGCUAUGAACACCACUAAAUAAGUAAAUGUAUUUCACAGAAAGAGUUGGACCUAUGCUUUCUAUAGCUGAACAAAUUUCUUUAUCUAGAAGACCAACAUGGUAGGAAAUAGUCGAGAGGUAAAGCUAAAUAGGAGAACUAUAAGUUUUUUCAUUUUGUCAUACUUUAUCCAACAUUAGAUUUCAAAAUGCAAGAUAUGGGCCACUGGAAAGAAUAGAAUUAAAUCAUUUAGACAACGUAGAAUAUUCUCCCACAGGCUGAGACAUGGAUUCUUUAUUUUUUCUGAAUUCACUCGGAGUCAACCAGUUCUCUCUGUCUAUUAGAAAGCUUAGGAUUUGCUUCAGAUUAUGUUUCAUGAGCCUUCUGGGCAGCAAGAGUAAACUUGAGUUCUGAGCUUAAUCAGGGGUUGCAGGCUAUGACAAUAUCCAACAAAAAUGUGGACUGUCAUUUUUGUAUGUAAAAGAGUAAGAUGUAUGAAAAAGAUGAAUUUACUUAGUUUAGAAUAUAAAUAGAUUGUCAUCCAGUCCAAAGAGAAUAUAAAUCCAACUUGUAAUAUAGACUUAUAAUAAUAACUUAGCUUGUAAAUAGUGACAAGGGUGCAUGAAGUUCUUAAAAAUGUCCCACUUGUAUUUAAAAUGAAACCAUUACAAAAUUGAGCUCUUUUCCUCCUGGGUUCGAAGAGUCUCAUAAAAUCAAAGCUUUUUUCCUGGGGUGGUUUCAUUCAGGCUGUUCAGUGGAUUAAGAAUAGGCCAUUUGCCUUAAGGGCAACCUUGUGAAGAAUUCUGAGCCCCUUCCUUCAGUUCGCCAAAGCUUCUUUUAUUUUGAGGGGCUUUGCUGGUUCUCUAUUGCAAAGCUUCCCUGCAAUUUUUUCUCAAAUUCUUCUCAAAUGAGGAUUUACGGGUUUGUUUUAAAAAUUAAUCUAUUCCAGAAAUUUAAGCAAGAGAAGAACAAAGAAUUUUAAUUAAUUUUUUAGUACUAGGUAAGUAACUCAAGUCCACUGAUUUGGGUAUGUUUGUACAGUUUUAACUUGCAUUAGUAUGUUAGUGAUUCAUACUGGAAUUUAGACCUUGCGUAUCUUUUGAGUAGGUCUGUAAGACCUAAAGACUUGCCUGUGAGCAUAAAAUAAGGCACCCAAACAGUACUUCUUAAGUUAAUGGGAUGGCCCAGACAAAUGAAAUCUAAGCACAUGCACAAAAGCCUAUAGGGUCUGGUCUUUAAACAAUAUGCUACAAGCAAGGCUUAUGCUGCUUUAUCUGUGUCUCCUCAUUCCUUUAAUUAGAUAGCUUUUUUAAUUAUAUUGUGAAACUAGUGCACUUUUCUGCAGAGGCAGAUUUAGAGCAUGGUCUCCUUGCUGACUGUGUUUGAAAGUAGACAAACACCCUCCAGGAACUCAAAAAACCCAUUGCCUGAAGAGGGUGAGGGUGAAUUUCAAACCCGUACACAAAUACAAUAUAAAAAAGGCAGUGUUAAAUUUUAAUUCCAAAGUUUUUCCUCUGCACACCUCUGUUCCAGACUCUCCCUCUCCCCUGACUGUGUACUUGCUGUCGUUCUGGACACAAUUGCUCAGCUGCUCCUUUUUUUCCUCCUUUCUUCGCUUCCCUUUUUGUGGUCUUUUAUGACCAAAGAUAGUGAGAGAUAAGAGAUUACAGUUAAACCUCACCUCAGGCCUGUUGAUGUGAGUCCCAACUAAAAAGAAAUUACAGUAUCCUGUCCUUGGCGUUUGGACAUUUUCCUACACUUACCUAGAUUCCUAGGGCAGGUUUCAUACUACCGGAGUACUCUCCAUAUCUACUCCCUAUCAAUCCCAUGGGUUGCCCAAACAGCGGAUUCUACUAAAAUCUCACUAUUUCGGUAUAUCUGCUGUUUCUCUUUCCAUUUCUGUGGGAAUACACUAAGUCACCCAGGCCCAUAUGAGCCAGGUAUGCCCCAGUGCAUAAAAUAUCGUCAUUCAGAAGCCACUUACAGAAGCAGAAGACAAGCCACCCCCACUGAUUGUCAGGUUGCUGUUGGCAGGGUAAAGGUUUCAGUAGAAAAAUGUGAACUUCCCCACAGACUGAUCCAGCAUGCAAAGGCAUUCUCAGUAAAAUCAGCUGCCAAAAUGCUACUGGUACUCCUCCAAGACAAUGUGCUGGUCAGAGAGAGGUAAACUCAAAAAUAAAGAUAGUUUUGUCCAGCUGUAUAAAUUCCCAAUUGAAUGCAACACUUAAGCUCCACUCAUCUUAAAACCUUGCUUGAAGUGUGAAGCACUGUGCUGGUUAGAGAUGGCCUUGAGGAUAUGUUAAUAUCCCAGUGUCUGUGAUUAAGGUAUUUUACCGAUGACAGGCUCAAGUUUUGUUGCUGUUAUUUUGCAAGUAUGGAUGCAGGCACUGCUUACGGGUAGAUACAGGAGAUGAAUGCAUUUGAGAGGUUUUUGCUUUUCCAGUGGCCACUGAAUCUGAGUGGAGCAAAAGUAGCCAAGAAAGAGCAGGUCAGGGCAAAGGCAAAGAACUUCAUUUCUAAAGGUUUCCUGUCCCUCCCAACUACUUUGACUUCAUAGACAAAGAAUGACUUUUUUUUAGGGGUUCAAGAAAAUGUUGUGUAAAAUGCAGCUUUUAUGGUGAAUGUAGGUUGUGGUUGAGAUUUUUUUUUAAGCUUUAGUCUCCCACUUUCUUUGUGAGCUAAUGUAAAUAAGAUCCCAUUUUGUUGGGGUAAAACUGCUGUGCUAACACUGGAUUAGAAUUGCUGGGGAUAGCUGCUGUACUUUGUAACCUGAAGUGUACUUUUUUGACUGUUAUGUUUUUUCUUCAGAUUAAAAAAACGAGUACAAAAAACCACAAAAAUAAAAAAAACAAGAACACUGCCAGCAACAGCCAUGCUGUAACUAUGGCUUCUCUCUUUUUUUGUUUUUCUCUGUACAGUAUUACUAGUAAAUAAAUCUGCCUUUUCACUGCGCCUA